AAUCAUAUUGUAAAACCAGUCCUGCCCAUAAAAAGUCUUAAUCCGAUUCCUUUAAGUACAAAUUGGAAUGCAGGAGUGUUGAUGACCCAGGGAGGUCAUAGGCAAUUGCUAUAUUUACCAGCUCAGUAAUAUGAUCUCUAGCAUUCUGGAUCACUCUGCUCAUGCAAUCCUUCCCUGGUCCUCUCACUCUGGAGCUACAGCCUCCAAAGCAACACGCUGUCCAUGGAAAAUGCUACUGGUGAGCCUCUUCUCCAAAUGACUCGCUCUUUUCUUUAACUUUAAGCUGUUUUGACUGCUAUCCAAUGCUGUGAGGUCUGUGGGGGAGAGCGCGUGACAUUCUCAAGUCAUCAGUUGUUAUGUUCUCUAUUGUUAGCCGUUGAGCGUAACCAGGACCUGGAUUGUAAUGGAAGUCUGACAUUUAAACUGAUGCCUAGGAAUACUGAACAUUUGUUUGAGCAGUGAACGGUGUAGGUGAGGUAUAAUGAACCAACAUCUCUGUUUUUCCGUCCACUAGAACCGAGAACGGCUCUACUUACAAUUCCAUGCAGCCUGAAAUUGCCUUACAUCCAGCUGAGCUGACAGCAUGUCUCGUGUCUCCUCUACAGCGAAGCGCUAUACUGGCUCUUCUUAUACCAGUCACUACAGCUCAUAUGGCUCCUCCCUGACUCCAUCGCUGGGCUCCUAUGAUCGGGAAAAGUUGCCCUAUAAAAGCUCCUCCUCAGGCUACUCCUCAUCAAGCUACCUGAGCUCAAGUGCCAGCCGCUCCCACAACUACAGCUCUUCGUUCGAGCCGGACCGGGGUCGACCUAUCACUCGCACCGAUUUGCUGGGUGGCCGGCGCAGCGAGAGCCUGAGCCGCACACCGGCAAAGGGCUAUGGCUCGGGCCUCAAUGGAGGCUCGGCAUACAGCAGCUACAGCUACUCUCCGGCCCCUACCAGCUACCUCUCCACCUCACCCGUUUCCUCCAGCAUCUCUCUCAGUCGCAGGAAGUCGGUGAGUCAGAGCGAUUUGACGCACGAUCUAUCAGCUCUGGGCCUGAGCGAGACAUCCAGUGGCAGUGGCCUGAAGCAGUCCUACCAGAGCCGAGGCACUUAUGUAUCUGAUACCUAUAGCCAGCUACGCUCCAGCUACGGCCUCUCACGGAGCUCCACACAGGACAGUCUUGGCAGCAGCGGCCUGAAGAGCAGCAGCAGCCGAUUCUCCUCCAGCUGUCGCUCCACCUCACCAGUCAGAGAGUCUUUGAACUCAAAGAGUGCCCAGGGCCUGGUGGGUCUUCGUAAUCUGGGAAAUACAUGUUUUAUGAACUCCAUCCUCCAGUGUCUUAGCAACACACAGAGCCUGCGAGACUACUGUCUUCACAACUCCCACCGCCGAGACCUCAACAACAACAACCGCACAAACACUGCUCUCAUGGAAGAGUUUGCCAAGCUUAUCCAGACAAUGUGGACUUCUUCAAGCAGUGAAGCUGUCAGCCCCUCUGAGUUCAAAACACAGAUUCAGAGAUACGCCCCCAGAUUUGUGGGCUACAAUCAACAGGAUGCUCAGGAGUUUCUGCGUUUCCUGCUAGAUGGCCUGCACAACGAAGUGAACAGGGUCACAGUCCGGCCUCGGGGAAACAUGGAAGACUUUGAUCACUUGCCUGAUGAGGAAAAAGGGAAAAAGAUGUGGGCUAAGUACUUGGAGAGAGAAGACAGCAAAAUCGUAGAUCUGUUUGUAGGCCAGCUGAAGAGCUCUUUGACCUGCAGCGAAUGUGGCUAUUGUUCCACUGUGUUCGAUCCCUUCUGGGAUCUUUCCUUACCUAUCGCCAAGGGCUAUGGGGAGGUGAGCCUAAUGGACUGCAUGCGACUGUUUACAAAAGAAGAUGUGCUGGAUGGGGACGAGAAGCCGACAUGUUACAGGUGCAAAGCCAGAAGACGAUGUACAAAGAAAUUUACAGUUCAGAAGUUUCCUAAAAUACUAGUUCUUCAUCUGAAGCGCUUCUCGGAAGCCCGCAUCAGAACCAGCAAACUGUCCACUUUUGUCAACUUCCCAAUGAAAGACCUGGACCUCAGGGAGUUCGCCUCUGACAGAAGCAGUAGUGCAGUAUAUAACUUGUAUGCAGUGUCCAAUCACUCAGGCACAACUAUGGGAGGCCACUACACAGCGUACUGUUGCAAUCCUGAAAAUGGGGAAUGGUACACGUAUAACGACUCUAGGUACUUGCUUUACUUCCCCUCCUGCUCUUUCUUUCCUUUUGCAUGACUGUGUAGAGAGUACCAGUAGAUUUCCCAAAGGUAUAUAGCGUACAUUAGCUUUCAGGGAAGUGAUCCUGACAGUUAACAUGUUAGCAGAGCUCCAUUCCACCUGCUAGCUGCUGUGAUUUUCCUGUAUCCCAUCCUCCACCUCCUACCUCACUCAUGCUUCUUCACCUCCCUCCCACCCACGCUUCCUUAAAAAUGCUUCCUGUC